AUUGACAGCGUAGGCUGGUUGGACAGGAGUGGGCGGAGUUUUAGCUUUUAAGUGAAGGCUCGCGACAGAGGUGAGGUGUUUACUGCAAAAGCUCUAGUAGGAGGGAAGUACACCGGUGUGCGUUAUUCUUGUACUUUUCAACUUCGGACAACACCUUUUGUUCUUCUAGAGGCCAUGUCGGGUGUGAAUAAUGGUGGUGGGGCAGAUGGAGGAGACCAAGUGGAUGCCAAGAAGAUCGACUCCACAAACGUGACUGCCCACAGCGAAACUGUUCGUGCCAAAGGCUACACACUAGCUGAUUCAGAUGCAUACCGUAUGGAUUACCCCAACCUUGGGAAAUGUCUCAUCAUCAACAACAAGAAUUUCGCCAAACAUACAGGCAUGACUGAACGCCAUGGAACAGAUGUUGAUGCCGCAAACGUAAUGAAAGCUUUCCGCGAGCUGGGCUUCAAAACUGUGAUCCAAAAUGACCAAACUGUCUCCCAGAUGACACAGCUUUUAAAAUCAGUUUCCCAAGAGGACCACAGCAAGUCAGCCAUGUUUGUGUGUGUGAUCCUAAGUCAUGGGGAUGAAGGAGUGAUCUACGGCACUGAUGGAGUCAUGCAGCUGAAAGAGCUGACUGGACUCUUCCGAGGAGAUCGGUGUCUCUCACUAGUUGGCAAACCUAAAUUGUUCAUCAUUCAGGCUUGUCGUGGAACAGAUUUGGAUCCUGGCAUUGAGACAGAUAGUGUUAGUGAUUCAGAGGGCACACAGAGGAUUCCUGUUGAAGCAGACUUCUUGUACGCGUACUCUACUGCUCCAGGUUAUUAUGCUUGGAGAAACACAGCCAAUGGAUCUUGGUUCAUAGCCAGUCUAUGUGAAAUGCUGACUAAGUAUGGCCGAGAGCUGGAGAUUAUGCAGCUUAUGACACGCGUCAACCGCAGGGUGGCGUUUGAGUUCCAGUCUUCCUCCAACAUUCCUGGUUUCAGUGACAAGAAACAAAUACCAUGCAUUGUGUCCAUGCUGACCAAAGAGCUGUACUUUCCAAAGUGAUCAUUUGAAUUGAAAUCAGUAAAAUUGCAUUUAGUAUAGGAGUUUUGUUAUAGAGUUAUGUGGUUGUAUGACACUACACAUCAGUCUGCAGCAAGAGAAUAUAUAUAUAUAUAUAUAUAUAUAUAUAUAUAUAUAUAUAUAUAUAUAUAUAUAUAUAUAUAUAUACAUACACACACACACACACACACACACACACACACACAGACACAUACAUAUACAUAUAUCACAAUAGUACGUAUUUUUACAAGUACAGUACUAUGCAAAAGUCUUAGGUAUAUUUUUUUAGUACAAACUUUGUUAUAGUAUUUUAUGACUUCUACAUUAUCGUGUCAGUGCAAAAACAUUAAAUGUUUGCACUGUGUCGAAACAUUUAAUUUCAUUAUUUUUAAUGGCCUCAUUUCUUUGCACGUGCCUAAGACUUUUGCACAGUACUGUGCAUUUUUGUACAUUUGCAAGCAGUAGAAAAUUGUUAAACUGUGUGCUGUUCCAUGUAACAUGUCAUACUUUAACAACAGAGAUGUUCACAUUGGCAAUACAGGCGUGGAGGACUAAAACCAUUGCUUUGUUUUAACGGGUAUAAACCUUACAUGAAUGCACUGGACUUUUUCUCCUAAGGCAAACCCUAUAUGAACUGCUGGGGAAAUAUAUGAACAAAUGUCUUAAUCUGUUUUCUGUUUUCUUAAAUUAAACUCUGAUCAAAUUGUGCCUCUGAUUCUCCAUUCACUUCCCACAUCUCCCAUUUCCAAUCAUUUUCCAAAUUGUUAGAUUUGUCCAUAGUGUCACUUUGUAAAUCAUACUUCAUUUCUUAUUGUACACGUCUCUUUCUGUGCCUUACUCUACAACAGAUAUGUCUAAUUUAAUCAUCAGCACACCAGUUGUUGGGAAUUUAACAUCAGUAGUCAAAGAUGUGCAAAUGUGUAUUGCCCAGUAAUUACAUAACAUUUUUGUUUUCAUUUGCACUUUCAUAACCAAAUUUCACUAUUCCUUACACAACCUAAUUGUGCCGAAGACCACAAUGAUUGUUUUUUAUGCCGAAUGGAAAGCAGAACUGACACAUCACAUUUAAGAUUCACAUUCAUUUCACAUUCAACAUCACACUGUGUUCCAUUUCUUUAAACAUGUACCAAUGUGCCGAUUCUACUGCCUAAAUGUUCUUAAAACAAUGAAAGUGUAAUAAAUAAUGGAUAUGUUUAGUCUGACAACGUUUCACAGAUGCAUAUUACUGUAUUUAACAGUGUUUAUAUGGAUACUUUAUAUCCAAAGGUGGUUGGUCACUGGUCUACGCUGCUGCAUCUUGAUAAGACUGUGUGUGACACUUCAGUUAAUUCACAAAUUUACAGAUUAUUUUUCAUUUUAAAGCAAUACGUACAUAGUUACACUACCAAUCAAAUAUUUGGAUUAUGUUGGAUUAUAUUAUUAGAAUAUUGCUUCUAAGACAAGUAAAAGUUAAUUUAUUAUUAUUAAUGAAUGUAUUAAUUUGUUUCUGAGAUGGAAUUCAUUUCAAUAAGUUAUUUUGCUUGUAGUUGUUGUAGCAGGUUUUAAUUCAAAUGAAAUUUUGAAUUUAAGAAAAGCCACAAAUUUAAGAAAAGCCACCUGGGUACACAUGACCCUGUGUAGGAUAAGCAGUAUGGAUAGAUUAUUAUUAUUAUCAUUAUUAUUAUUAUUAUUAUUAUUAUUAUUAUUAUUGGUGUUGUUGACUAAUAAUAAUAAUAAAAUAAAAUGGGAUGCACUAAGCAAUGCCACCUCUUUGUAGAAUAGUACAAACAAACUGGACUGGUGAAACUACAAUAAUAAAACCCCAUAAAUAAACAGGCAAUUAGUAGAUAAAAUCUUCUCCCUGCAAGUCUGCGCCAGUAACAGCCUAAUGCCAACAGUGUAGAUGGCAAGAAAGCAAGGCCUGUUUUUUUCUUUUUUGCCAACAACAGUUCUUCUUUAGUCACAGUUCUCAUUAACGGCUAUCUGAAGUUCUUAGUCGUUUGGAACUGAGUUUCUAUUCCGGUCGAUUUCGCUUUAAGGCUCUACAGAAAAGCGGGGAAGUGAAAACGAAAAUGAGGCGCGCGCCCGUCACAGCGCUCAGCGCCCUCUCGCGCUGCAACUACACACACACACACGCGCGCACACACACACACAUACACACACACACACACACACACAGCUCGGGAGGGGAUUUCCACGAAGCACUGUUUCCUUUACUUGUUUUGCUUUCGUUCUGGACUCCGAAUUUGCUUAAACUUUUCGUUUUUGCUCUCGACACUCCCGAAUUCAAGACAGUCCGUCUGCAUUGGCGGCCACAGUGCGGAUUUGUUCCGAGUCGGAAUUUAAUCUCGAAUUGCAGCCCACUAUGCCCGUGGAGAGAAUGCGUAUGAGACCAUGGCUGGAGGAACAGAUAAACUCGUCUAAAAUACCAGGACUUAAAUGGGUUAAUAGGG